UUUACUGAUCUUCCUCCAUUUUUUGCCUGCCGAGUCUCGCGUCUAGGAGAAGGUCGCGGCCCCCAAAGGCCGCCGCGAGCGCUGAAUCGAUCGAACAGUCGCUCUCAAUCUCCAGAGUCUCGAUCUCGUAAGUGCGUUUCGCUGGAGUGAAAGUCGCUUCUGUAAUAUGUUCUUUCAUACCAUGAAGAGGUGCUCUGUUUUCUCGUCUCAGUCACAUUUCCCAAGCGUCUUCGAGCGACAAAGAUGCUUCCUGUCUUGCUUGUCGAAGACGUCACCCGGUCAAGGGGUUUCCUCACGGUGAAUCUACAUGGGUUACAUUUCGUCCCAGGCCUUUGCAUGCUUCGAGUUUCGAAUCUCUUCUCGACUACCCAUCCGGAACGCAAGAUUUGAGGCAUACGCGUCCUUGUAGACCUCCCGUACAUGGGAAAAACUGUUUUUGCUCUUCGUGGCCGUGUUCAACGGCACAGAAACAUCCAAGCCCCUUCUGUUUCCAUGUCGUCCGUCCAGAAAACCAUCACGCUUUCGUUUUCUAUAAAGGCGAAACUUCCUGUCGGCCGAGGUCUGCAGUUUCUGACGGUCUGAAUCUUCCUGCCCGCCUCGUGUUAGCUAUUUUACCCAGGUUCUCAUCCGUGCUUUUGCAGGAGAGUUUCUCUCUCCGCAGCAGAUAGCGCUUCCCCCCGGCACCUCAUGCAUCGAGAACACUGUUUCUCUCUUCUCUUUCGACGGUAUUUCUAUCUUCCCUCGCUCUCCACUUCUUUCUGCCUCUCUUCCCAGGAGCACCUGAGUCAUGCGAUCCCUUGUCUUCAGCUCGUCAAAAGCAAAUCCCGUCUUUCCGCUCCUCGUUUGCCGUCUUUAUUACAACCGUCACAUUGCUCUCUGCUCCUGGUGUUAAGAAACCCCACUUCUCCUGCGUAUCGUCCUAUGUGUCUCUCUCCUCUGCGAGCGUUUGUCGCCUUUACUGUCAUCUCCUCGCCAGCAACAAACAAAGCCACACUUAACGGAAAACUGGACCCAAAAACAACCCCUAGGUUUGCUGCUCUCCCGUCUUCAGUCGCACCCGUCGCCACCGUCGUUCGACGAACACGCACGCGCUCUUUUUCGAGUUUGUAGUCGCCUGCUCUCUCCUCUCGCCUCGUGUCUCUGACCUGUCUCUCCUCCUCUCCAGCUGGCAAGAGGCCUGUCAUCAUGCACUCACAUCCACUGAGGGCCUCUUGCUGUACGAACACCUGGAUUGUCGACCCCCACACAACUGUUCUUUCGGUUUUCUCGUCGUUCUGAGGUCUUUCUUCACCGCGUUUCUUGUCAGUCUGUUCUCGUUCCCCCUCUUCAUCUCCUGCCUCCUCCCUCGACGUUCUGCGCCUGAAAAUGCCACCCAGUCCGGCGGCUCCGCUCGGGAGUCGAGAUGCGGAGCCUGAAGGCGGGUCCUGUUUGAACGAAAUCGCGAGAGGUUCUCCAGAGAAGCCACAGAAAGGUGCAGACUCGUCGUUCGCGGCUGAGAGGCGGCACUCCGACACUCAGGAGUCGUCUCGCUCAGAGCUCCCAGAGGAAAAGACUGAAGAAGUUCGCAGUCACUAUGCGGUUCUGGGAGUCUCCACAGAUGCCUCGUCUGAGGAAAUCCGGCGCAUCUACUACGGUCUCUGUAAACUCUAUCAUCCUGACAAGUCCUCUAGCACUGCCUAUUCCACGCGGCUUUGCGCAAUCCAGCAAGCUUACGCUGUCUUGUCAGACGAGACGAAACGGUUGCUCUACGACAUUCGGAUUGGCGUCUACAAAGGCAAAGACAAAUGGACCAAGGUUGCAGAAGUGUACCAGAUUCAACGGGAGCGUGCAGCUCGCGAUAUUGAGAACAUGCGAAUCGACUAUCAGAGCAAGUUGGAGCAUGAAAAAAAAGUCGGGGGUCUGAUUAUCCGAAAGGCUUUGUACGGAAACCUGCGACUCCGCCACUCCUUGCUGGAAGAGGAAUACUCCGGCCCGAUACGGGAAGACUGCCUCGAAGGUCCCUUCCUCAAUGUCACAAUUCCUCUGCAGUGUCAGGUCGACAAUUCGCGAUUCAUCUUUCCUGGAGGCUCGGGUUCGUCUAUGGAGCUGCUGAACGGCUUCUACAACCCCGCACCUUGUGUCCACGAACAGGACGUUUGCCUCUACGUCCUCUACGACUUCAGGGGAGUGUUACACGAGGUAACGGUUUGCGACCGCUCUUAUUUGGCGAUGCCUCUGAAAAGCCACCGAGUGUCUCCGGUGACAGGGCCCUGCGGACCUUUCGCCCCGUCCAACGUCCGUUCUCUGCGUCCGCGCGGCUCGAGUGACAAAUCCCUGGCGAGAAGUUCUCCUCUCGAUGGAGAGCCACAGUUCCAAUCUCUCCGGGAAGCCACACAGCGCGAACAGGCCCUUCGGGAAGAACAGAGAAGAAGAGACCGCAAACUGGCAAAUUUUCUCUUCUUGAGUUCCAUCUUCGCCUGGUCAGGUCUCUUUCUGUAUGCGAGUUUCUACGACAAGGAGAGGGUCACGGCGUUUCUCUCUCGGACGCUUGGCGAGCGAGCAGCUGCACGAUGUGCAGUUCUCCUUCCUCGAACUUUGUCCCCCGAGAGCCAACAGGUCUGGCUGAGGACUCUGCGGUUUGACUUUCUCUCUCGCAUGUGGCCGUUCACUGUCUUUCAGAGUGGCGCACUGGUGGACAGGGGCGGCGGUCGAUAGAGAGAAGGGGAAAGACUCUCCCAAGUAAAGCUGAGUGUCUCAGAGAGUCGCACCGCAAAUCUGAAACUUUCUUUCGACAUGUUUGGGACACGCAGGGCCCCCAGCUCUUUUGUUUGUCCGCUUCGCUCCGUCUCGCUUCGGCCGAUUCUGCGAGUUUUGCGCGAAUUCCGGGUCUUCUUAGAUUCCCUCGCGCAUCGCCACGGAUGGCGAAUGUGUGGGAGAGUGAAAAGAGCUCGUUGCGUUUCCCGAGCACACUCACAAACGCCGCUCGUGUUGGUGAAUUGUAUAGAACUGCGGCAAAAGCGUGCGAGAAACACGCCUGUGAAUCGAAACGACGAUGUGGAUGGACAGACCACACGCACCUUCCCUCACAAAUGAGAGCCGUGGUUCUCGGUGAAGAUCGAUAAACGUCCGGAGGCGGAAACCACAGUAGAUCCGCUAAGGCGGAAAAGGCCUCUCCUCGACAAAGAAAUGUAUAGGGCAGUCUGCUGGAGAUAAGUGGGGAUAGGCAUGUGUCUAGGGUAUUCAUUCGCCUUUUUGUUCGUCCACACUACCUUGUCACUCUUGGGUGCCCCUCGGCGGCUUCUGGGCUGUUAAGAGUUUCACCUGAGAAGAACUGUUUUGUGUUUUCUGUGAAUUCGGGGUGUGUACGAGAACGCGCACUCUUGCAACCUCUUCCUGACCGUGGCAAACGUUCGGUCAUGCAGCCACCUACUCACGGAAACACGUGUGGUAAAUGAAGUCGUG